UACGAAGAAUACGCGGCAGGGGGCGACACUUCUCCAAAGGGCAAACCACCAAGAGUUAUAAACUGAAACAUACUGUAUAGAAAAACACAUGGGCAAGCAGAGAAAAACAGAUUACUCCACACAGCAUAAGCAUCUCUUCACGUCCAUGAGUAUUUUAAAGCAAACCUCCUGACGCGCAUCAUAGGAUGUUAAUAUAUAAAGAAGCAAGCAUCAGAGGUGCAUGGAUACGGUGGUUCAUAUGCACCCUUCUCUCACUUCUUCAUGGAGUAAUAUCCGAAACCAACACAACAUUGGAUAUAAUGACAAAAUAUCCACUAAUUGAUGGACACAAUGACUUGGCACUACGUCUGAGGAUGCACUUUAAAAACAAACUGAGCAAUUUCAGUAUACACGACAAUUCUAAUUUUGCUACAGAUAUUAGACGCCUUGCCGCUGGUCAUGUUGGAGGACAGGUUUUUGCAGCGUACGUGUUGUGCACUGCUCAGGACAAAGAUGCUGUCAGACUGACCUUGGAACAGAUUGAUGUAAUUCGUCGUAUGUGUACUGAAAACCCAGAGAUGGAACUGGUCACCACAGCUGAAGGAAUGAGGAACAGUACAAAAAUUGCAUGUCUCAUUAGUAUUGAGGGAGGCCACUCCAUCGACAGUAGUUUACCAGCACUACGCAUGUUCUACCAGCUUGGAGUAAGAUCCAUGGCCCUCACACAUAACUGCAACACCCCAUGGGCUGAGAGCUCAGCUAGUUUGUACCCAAACUACCAGCGGAAGAAUAACAGCCUGACGGAUUUUGGCAAGGCAGUGGUGAAUGAGAUGAACAGGUUGGGAAUGCUGGUUGAUCUGUCCCAUAGCUCAUGGGAGACAGCCAGAUCUGUGCUGAAACAUUCUACUGCUCCAGUUCUUUUCAGCCACUCCUCAGCCUAUGCUAUCUGUAACAAUGUUCGCAACAUACCUGACGACCUGCUGCUGCUGCUGAAAGAAAAUGGUGGGCUUAUCAUGGUGAACUUCUACAGCAGUUUUGUAGCAUGUUCACAUAACGCAAAUGUGUCUAUUGUAGCUGAUCAUUUUGAUCACAUAAAGCGGGUGAUUGGAGCGGAAAGCAUUGGGAUUGGAGCAGACUAUGAUGGGGCACAAGGAUUCCCUAAAGGCCUGGAGGACGUCUCCAAAUAUCCAGCACUAAUUGAGGAGCUGAUAUCAAGGAACUGGACUGAGGAAGAGCUGGCAGGAGUGCUAAGACUGAACUUCCUCAGAGUGUUCCAAAAAGUUGAGAAGGUACGUGAUGAGUUGCUGCACAUUUCACCCAGUGAAGUUGAAAUCUCACUUUCGGAACUAAACAACAGCUGUCGUGUGAUGCUGAUCCAUCCAGGCUUGCCCAAAAGUAGCCAUCAAAAUGGAAACGCUCCAUUGAUGCCUGUGAAAGCUUUAAUCUGCUUCGUCUUACUUUGGAUCCAGUUACAGUAAUAUAACAAACAAUUAAUCAACCAACCAACCAGAGACAUUAUACAAAAUUACUUUACCACAGACUGCUUAGCCAACAAAACUCUCAACAAGACCAGGAGUACAUUUGAAGUCAAUUUGCUGACCGAAACUGACACAUUUAUGUGCUUUGACAAUUUUGGAAACUGUUAUGUUUGGUAGCAGUUUAUAAAGAGCAUACUUUAUAACGGUUUCUUAAUAUGCAUUGCUAGUGUAAAGAUCACAUGAGAUGAUAAACUGAGGUAACAAACCGCAUUGUUGCAUUAUCUUGCACUUCUUUAGCAUAUCAGUUAGAAGCAUCUGUUUCUUUCGAUCUGUCUGGUAUUUCCCUUUUGCAGAAGUAGAUAUAAAAAUAUACUAAAUAUUUAAAAAAAAAAAUAGUAAAAUUUUUAUUGAAUACAAAAAUAUAUUAUUAUUAUUAAAUUAUUUCUUUCCAAACACAUUUGUCAAACAUUCCUCUUACCUCUUCCAGCAUGGCCCCUGACUUGCUGUUUGGACUAAUAAGUAGUUCUACCUUAAAUUCUGAUGAACUGCUCAAACUUGAAAAGGGAUCUUUUGGAAGCACCUGAGAGUCAUAGCGUAUACUUGUAUUUCUAUGCAGAUGACACAGUCUUUCGAUAAUACUAAUUCAUUUAUUAUGGGAGGGAAAAAAUAGUCAUCAACUUUACAAUGCAAUAACACCAGUUUUUUUUUUUUUCUAGUUUCUUUUUGUUAAUCCACAAGGUGUGCAGUUAGAGGUUGUCUUCUCUGAGGCAAAAAUAAGAUCAUAUAAUACAUUUCAUAGCAAUUCAUAGUGCACUUUAUUGCAACUUUUUCAUAUUUUAGUUUUUAAAAUGUUUUUCCUAAUACUAUACAUAAGUCAACUGCAUGUUUCAUUAAGUGUUUAAUCUUUAUCUUUAACAUAAAACACUGUACAGAUGUAACACAUUCCAUAAAUGCUGUUAGUCCGUACAGUCUUCCAUAUAUUCUUCUAUUUGUAUAACAAAUGUAUAUUGUCUGUACAGUAAUCAUGCCCUAAAAAAAGAAUAAAGACUUUGUAUCGGUAUCCAAAA